UCGUGACAAUAACAGCUAGACUUCAGUUUUUAUUUUCAGCGGAGUUCCCCAUGGCCGCUGGAGGAUAAGGAAGUCAAGAUGGCGGUCGAAUCUGUGAAGAUAGAAGCGGAUGCAUAUAUGGUCUGUUUAACGCAUGCAUUGACUACUGAAAGAGAAGAAGUCAUGGGCCUGUUAAUUGGAGAGGUAUAUUGUUGUUAUUACGUUACAUUUUUAGGGCUUGCUACCGUAAAAGAAAAACCAAAAAAAGAUAAAAGACUAGGUAUGUUGACAUCCAAAAAGCGACCCAUGAGGGUUAUUGGCUGGUAUCAUUCUCACCCUCACAUCACUGUCUGGCCAUCACAUGUUGACCUUAGGACACAGGCCAUGUACCAGGUGAUGGAUAAAGGGUUUGUAGGACUCAUCUUUUCAUGUUUCAAUACAGACCCCAGCAUGAGCGGUCAACUAAAGGUGUAUUGUUUCCAAUCAGCGAACACAAAGCCCGACGGACUCCCUCCACAGUAUCAGCGAGCAGAUAUUGAGCUGCAGAUAGUUCAUACCGAGGUUUUGUCAGAGGCCACAUUGAACAGCUUGUCAGAAAUGCCACAGAUACUAUCAAAGGAAGAGGAAGAAGCCUAUAGAAAAACUUUAAAUACCACGGACCUCCUAACAGCCGUUCAUAACAGUACAGGUAUAGAUGCUAUAGAAAAAACGACCACCAUUUAUUUUGUAUUUUUUCAGAGCGGUCAACUAAAGGUGUAUUGUUUCCAAUCAGCGAACACAAAGCCCGACGGACUCCCUCCACAGUAUCAGCGAGCAGAUAUUGAGCUGCAGAUAGUUCAUACCGAGGUUUUGUCAGAGGCCACAUUGAACAGCUUGUCAGAAAUGCCACAGAUACUAUCAAAGGAAGAGGAAGAAGCCUAUAGAAAAACUUUAAAUACCACGGACCUCCUAACAGCCGUUCAUAACAGUACAGUGUUUACUAAAGCCCUAUGCCAGCUGAUGGAAGUCAUGUGUGGUCCACUUCUCCAAACCCUGGAAAACAGACUGCAAGUGAAUCUGAAAAGGACAGCUGCGCUAGAAACAGAGAAAGAGACAUUGGAGAAAGAAGUGGCCAAGCUAACAGCUGAAUUACAGGAAUCGACGUGACACACACCCCCUACUGUAUUGUGCAAUACCGUCAUGUUAUUUCUCACUGUAAUGUCGGCACGAAAAGCGCAUUGAAAGACCGAGCAAGUUGCAGCACUAGAACUCGGUAAAGAACAAUCCCCGCGUAUGAAACAAAUACCCAAAAGGUUACACCGAAAGUUGAACGCGCUCUCCCCCUCUCCUGCAUUUAAACAAGUAGCAGUGCUUAUUUUAAUUGAUACAACAAGGCGUUUGCUUAAAUACAGAAUUGAUGUUACACUUAACGUAAAUCUUGAUGCAUUAUACAAAUAGCUUUAACUCGACUAAAAACUCUGAUCGUAGACUAAGAACUGUUAAAACAUAAACAUUGUCAAUAUCCUCUUUAAGCAUACUCCGUCAUGUAAAUCACAGCGUGUAUGUACCGAUUAUAAUCAAAACCAAGUUUUA